CGUCGAGACACGCGCAUCUCUUCGACUCGUUUCCGCGCUUCUCUUGUCGGAGAGAAGUGGAAGAAGCCCGCGAAAUCGCGAUCACUGCGCGUUCGGGCUUCGCGGUCGCAUCACGACGUCGUUUUUGACAGCUCGAUAUUUUGGCGCGCAAUUCGAAAAGUGUAUUUUCUUUUCUUCGAGUUUCGUAAUUGCCGCCGUUGUGCUACAGGGAGAGCGGCGGGGUGUCACGUGAUUCGCGCCCGUGACGAAAUACGCGCGAAGUUGCAGUGUGAAGCUGGCCGUCGUCGUUCGGAGACGCAUCAUCGUCCUGGGAGUGCAACGGACGAUAAAUAAAGAACAACCAACGUAUCGCGCGUCGAAGGUCUGGCUUUUCGCGUAAUCGUUCGUUUCGGAAUACGAGAGCUCGCGCGUCGCGGAUUUUCGUGUGAUAAAAGUUUCGUCGCGCGUUCGUUUGCAGUGACUUUCGCGAGUUGUUCGUUGUUUUACGCGAACUCGAAAUAUUAAUCGUUGAAUAUUUCGGGAGUGAAUGCGUUGAAUUAUUUCGCGCGCGCGCUCUUUUACCGCGUCGAAAUUCGAAUUCGCGCCGUUCAAACGCGCGGGCUCGCGCACGCUCCGAUAAUUUUGCGAAAGCGUCGUCAGAUCGCGAAUUCGCGAGUGUGCGACCGGUUGGCGUGAGAAUUGCCGAAGAAUCUCCAGCGAUGCAUCCGUGCAGGCUGAGAGUGCUGCGGAAGGAGGGGGAUGAUCUGUCCGGUCAUGAUGCAGCCUGUUGUGGACAUCGUUAAAGAGCUCCACGUUUGCGACGACAUCCGGUCAGCGAACGACAAUGUAAAAUUUGGGAGUGCCGUUAAAAGUAUCGCGCAUACGAGUGCGGGAGUGCCGUUAAAAGUAUCGCGCGUAUCAGUCGACGGACUUGACGACCCUAACAAUUUGAGAGGAGGAGGAGGCCUGGGAGAGGCAUCGGGUACCGGCGGAACAACCCUAAGACAACGCAGCUUAAACACCAACUACUACGCUGUUGUGCAUCGGUGUCGAUAUAUAUUAUGGAGAUGCGGACAGAAAGACCACGAACCGCCGGUCGAAUAGCAUCAACCGGAAGAGUAACACCAACGGUGCAUCAAACUAAUGGAGGUCGAAGAAAAGCUAUACCAGUUCCACCUCCGAGAGUCCCGACUCCUAUGCCUGUCGCGAAUAAUAAUCAACAACGGAACAAUGCCAACGUCGUCGUUCCGCCUACCGUGUCGGCCGUGUCGAAGAAGGAGCCGCACGAAAACAUCGCCCGGAUAGCGAAGCGGUACCUCGACGAUAACAUGCAGCAGGCGUGGAUCAAUCCUCGUCUAAUAUCGAUGAUAAAUAUGGAAGCCGUGACAUCGACCAAUUACGAUUCCUCGAAUCUCAGCAGGAACUUUAAUCAAGUCGGCUUCAACACGUACAAUUACUCGCAGUUCGAGGAGAAGUACAAGCCGCGACAGUUCUUAAAGUACGGCGAGUGUCUCGAGUACGGGCAUAAAUUCGCGCGAUCGAAGUAUCAGGACGGUUCGAGACUCGAUCAGCGAUACUCACGCAGCCACUCUCAGCCGGAACGGCAGCAUCAUCUGUAUCAGGAGACGCGCUCCAAGUCCCAGGAUCCUCGCGAGCUCACGUUCUACCAGAUAGAUCCGCCUGUGAAAGCGGAGAAUCCGCGGCAACACGACAAGUCGCAUCAGAAGCCGAAGAAAGAGCUGACGUUCUACGAGAUCGACGGACCGCCGGCCUUGCCGGAGAGGAAGGAGAAGUCGGAGACGUGCAAGGAGCGGGCCGAGAAAGGGACCAAGUCCUACGACAAGUCCCACGCCGGUGGUCAGGAGAGGUCGCAAGUCGCGAAACACGGCAGGCAGAGUCACCAGGAGCAGCAAAAAGCGUUGGUGAACGCGUCGGAUCAUUGUCAGCUGAAUCGCUCGCAGUCGGAUCUCUCGGAGUGCCAGCUGCCGAAUUACUGCGGCCAUCGAAAUAAUCCAUACAUUGAUCCGCCCAAGUAUCGACAGUUCGACAGGCCGCCGCGUUAUCAGGAAGCCCCGCCAAAACCGGUGGAACCGCCGCCCAAGUAUCAUGUCGAGCCGCCCAAGUACGUCGAGAUGUCGAGACGGCAGGACGACUUUAAGAAGGCGCAGGAGGAGAGGGGCAGACGACAAGGUGGUAGUGCAGGCGGCGGGGGUGGCAGCAUCAGCAGCGGCGGCGGCGGUGGCGGUAAUUCCAGUGGGGGAAGAGGGCACACCGGCACUCAUGGCGCCGAGACGCCCUCUAAUCUGGCCAGUAUCACGCCGACCGCGCGAGAAGCAACACGUGCCGCGAUCACGCGACAACGGAUCCUCCACAAAACGUGCGACGCGCGCAACAACAGUAGUAACAACAACAAUAACAAUAGUAAAGAGAACUUGGAGACCGACGAUGGUUGCGAUGCCCCGUCAUCCAUACGCUGCCACAUCGAACCCGUGAAGAGUCAUCAUCAUCACCAUCAUCAUCAGCAGCAGCAACAGCAACAGCAGCAGCAUCAGACUCGCGGGAGCAAUAUUGCUAGCGGAGUGAUCGUCGGUAAUGUUUUCUCGAACGUUAGCGGCGACGGUUCGUGCGGCGAGGUAACGACGUGCGACAAGUACAAGGACACCGGGUCAGAGUCGAAUCGGGGCAGUAGCGGUGACGCGAUUCAAGGUCGUCCGAGCGAGAGAUCGAUGCUGAAGAUCGAGAAGCUGUCGGGUAAGGCCGCUUUACACGGUGGUACCGGGGAAUCCGCAGCGGUCGCCAAGUGUAGUGGUGCUGAAAGGAUGAAGCCGGCCUCGCAGGAGGCCGGCUACAACAAGCACGAGGUCAGCAAGGCCAAGAGCCACGAUGUCGGGCAUGGUUACAAGGUCGAGAACCUGCGUUAUUACGGCGAGCUGAAGGGUUACGCGGACUUUAAGGUUUACGGCGCCGUCGACAAGGUGUCCGCGCACGAGAAGUCGCAUCUUCUCCACGCGCCCUCGUGCGAGAAGGGCGACAAGUGUCACGGCAAGAUGCUGCCCGCGUCCGCGGUCCAAGGUUACGGCCUGGGCAAGCAACAGUCGGAGAAGAGUCACCACAGCGGUGAUCACUACUACCAUAGAUCAUCGCAUUCGAAACCGCCGAGCGCGUAUCAGGUGUACCAGGAGACCAAGUACUCGUACAACGUGAGCGGAGUACCCGGGACGCCGGCGCAGGCCAGCGCAGCCGCAGCGUUCUUCGCAAGAGCAGCGCAGAAACUGAAUCUGUCGUCGAGCCCGCAUCGGAGACGACGUUCCGGGGACGAAAACAUCGGAUCUGACGAGCUGCCCAUUUUUCCCAAUGGAUACGCCGCGCUUCUUCUCAAGUCACCACCUCCGGCACCGCCUGCCCUUCUCAGGAGGAUAGGUGUAAAGGAGCUCACCGGGGUCGGGAAGGUAAAAGUCAUGCUGAGGGUGUCGUCUGGAGACGGAGGCAGCUUUUUCAACGCGGAUAAGCGGAAGAAGCAAGUUACCUUAGUAGACCCAGCAUCCGGGCAAUCUUCAUCGGCAGAAGAUCGACGACCUACUGUGGCGGCGCCGAAGAUGUUUGCGUUCGACGCUAUCUUUACCGAGGAAGAUUCCCAGACUGAAAUCUGUUCGAGUGCUCUUACGGACGUAAUUCACGCGGUCAUCAAUGGAACGGAUGGGUGUCUAUUUUGUUUUGGGCACGCUGGAUUAGGCAAGUCUCACACCAUGUUGGGAACUCCGGAAGCUGGUCACACGCUGGGCGCAAUUCCUUGUGCAAUUGCAUGGCUCUUCCGCGGAAUUUCUGAGCAACGACAGAGAACAGGCGCUAGAUUUAGCGUCAGGGUCAGCUGCGUAGAACUGACCACCGGUCAGCAACAACUGAGAGACCUGCUUGCGGCGCACGCGAACGACUCCGAGCAGUCGCCGGCCGUAUACCUCAGAGACGAUCCACUGUUUGGUACCCUUCAAUUGCAGCAGCACAGCGAGCUUCGCGCGCCUACGGCGGAACGGGCGGCCUUCUACCUCGAUGCAGCAGUCGCCGGUCGUCAACGGGAGGACGGCGACGCGCAUAUGCUCUAUACAUUGCACGUGUAUCAAUACAGCGUCGCCGGCAAGGGCGGAGUUGCCGGUGGCAGAAGUCGGCUGCAUCUGAUGGACCUGGGAAAUUCCGAGCGCGGCAAGUCCUCGGGCGGAAUUCCUCUGUCCGGCCUGGGCAACAUUCUACUCGCGAUCUUCAACGGCCAGAAGCAUCUGCCGUACAAGGAACACAAGUUGACGCAACUGUUGAAGGAAUGUCUGGGCUCUCUGACCUGUCACGCGGCCAUGAUAGCCCACGUGUCGCCAAACGCCCAGCACUACACGGAGACGCUCACCACCGUUCAACUCGCGUCGAGGAUCCACCGGAUGCGACGUCGGAAGAUCAAGUUCGUGGGUGGCGGCACGCAAGGCGCCGGAAGCGGCGGCAGUUCUGGUGAGGAGGCCGCUCGGCAGAACAGCGAGUGCGAUCCCAGCUCGAGCGACCUGUCCGCGGACACGGUGAUUUACGUAGGACCGAGCGCCGACGAUGCCACCGAUGGCGAACAUCCACCCGUUUACAUACCCAGUUUGAAUUCCGGCGACAAUCGUUGCGCGAUGGGCAGGGUACUCCGCGGUUCCGCCGCCGAGAGACCGAGCAAGAAUCCUGAAGAACGCAGCCCGGCGCACAAAUCCAAGACGGUGAAGACGCUGACGCAGACCGCGUCGAAGCAGACCUCGCCGGCGCACAGCGCGACACCGAAGGCGAGUCCGGCCAGGAAGAACUCCUCGUCGAAGAGUGCGUCCUCGUCGUCUAAAGUUAACGAUUCGCCAGGUAGCAAGAUCCCGGUGGCGGCGCCGAGCGGCGGCUCCGAUGAACAAUGGAUAGACGGUCCGAGGAUCUCCAAGUCGAAGGUCGCGGAGGCGAGGCAUAUGUUGAAAGAUUCGCAUCACAAACGAGAGACGUGGAUCGACGGGCCGAUGCAGCUGACCAGCGCGCCGGCGCUGCAGCUGCACACUCAUCAGCAUUCGUCUUCCGGUUAUGGUUUCAUGGAUAGUCACAAGAAGAGCAUGAUUAGGAAAUGGGUGGAGAACCAGUCGUCGCAGAUACAGCGGGCGAAACACGUCGGGCCGAGGCUCGACUCUGCCAAAAUGUCCUCGGGUCAAUCGUCCGGUCAGUAUAAAGAAAUGACGCAGUUCAAAACCUGCGGCGGCACGGAGGACGACGAUACGUCAUUGUCCACUGCGGAGAGCGAUAGCUUGAAGGCGAACGAGAUCGAGGAUAUAACCGAGAAAUUGAGCGCCAAGCUGAAUCUGCUUAACGUUAAAUCCAAUACGGAUUCGGGAUUAGAUCUGACGGCGAGCCCGGUGAUGGAUGACAGUGUCGAAAAGGGGAAGCUCGACCUGCCGGAUGACGAAGACGAUGAUGAAGAAAUUGUUGUACCUCCGCCGUUACCUUUGAUCGAGCCGCUCAGUAACGGAGUAAGUCGGGAAGUCUCCAUGGAAAGUCUGAAUUUGUCGCACAAGGAUAUUGUUCUACCUUCGAGGCAUUCGUUGUCCUCGGAGGAUGAGAUUUUAGAGAUUGUCGAGGUGGAGGACUUGGAACCGGUACCUAUGCAAGACUCGUGCUUACAAGUGACUGAGGAGGACAUUGCGCUCUGUAUGGGUGAAAAUCCUCUGCCCGAGAGCGAUCAGGAAGAACAUCCUUUAAGAAUUCUUAGUCAAGAAAAUCUCACCGUGGUCUCGACUUUUACAGACUCCAUGUCGGUGAUGUCAGACACGGAGAGAUACAGACCGCAUUAUCCGCCACCGGUUGGUGCCGGUGUUCUACCUAGGCCGUACUUUGACCACGAAGACUUUCUCGAGCAAGAGACCAGGCACAAGUUCGAUCAGCUGGCCCGUCUCCACGAGCUCUACCAAAGCAAACUCGCUCUCGCAAACGUUUCCAACUCCGUGACUUAUCAGAGAGAAAAUUCCUCCACUGUCAACGUACGAGAUGCUCCAUCAGCGACUGUCUUCCGUCCGCCAUCUCGCUGUCAAUCCUUGUCUCUUUCGGAUGUCUUAUUCAACGACAACGCGAGCAAUCACGGCAGCAUCUACAGUGAACCCGCGUACAUAGCCGGCAAACCCGAUCAGGAAAAGAUCUGCGAUAAUUGUCGCCAGAGCAUGUCCAGACCCGCCACAGCCUCUUAUUGGUAUCCCAGUAGCGUCGCCCAUCUCGCCAGUCCCAGAAGGUACUGCGGCAAGCUGGGCGACUGCAACAUCUCUAGUCUGAGGCAUCCGGACGGCGCUUCGAAUCCCAACCUGAAGGAAGAGAUCGAAAGGAUACCCGGAAACGGAGCGUCCGGCUCGGAUCCUGAAGAGGAAUAUAUAGAGGCGAAGAAGCUAUUCACAGCUGCCGAGAGAUCCGAGAGAACGGUAACAGGAAAAUCCGACAUCGAGGAAGAUCUCAAGAUUCAAGGUGGCCCCUUACAAUUGUCAAUACCGUCUCCGGCGCCGUCUUCCGGACGAAUGCAACGCAAGAUCCUUAGCCUCGGCUCCUCGUUCGGUCUGAACAAGGAGAGCUCCGAUUCCGGUGCGGAUACAACACCACGAGCGGCUAAAUUAUCACCGGCCACAUUGUCCAGACAUCGUGCCGAGAGCUCCGGAUACGACAGUAUCGUUCGAGACAGUGAAACUAGUAGCAUCGCUAGCGAUUCGUCCCGGCAAACCGGCGCGUUACAAGAACAUCAAGCGGUGGAACAGCGGGCGGCAGGGUACGAGCUUCGGCGGUCGCGGGUCCACUGCCGGGCUCAACCGGGGCCGCCCGCGGCAUCGGCGAUUCUCGCGUAUACAGGCGAGGACGUAGACAUCCUGGACAGGCGCGCGCGGGUACGCUCGAAUCCACGUGGAACGAUGUCCAGGAUACACAGCCUGCGCCUGCGCCAGCGCCUUCUUAGGCUGGAGCUGCGAGACGCUAAAAGACGUCUAAUGGUACCCGACACUCGCUGGGACUAUAAUCUGUACGUGGAGGACGGUAUGGACUGGCGAAAUCCGUCAUUUUUGGAAGCUCUGACGGCGGAGACGUGCAUUCUGCAGAAAAGAGUGGAGGCUUGUAAGAGCCACGUUCUUCUGGUCACCUGUUUCGAUUCAUGUCCUCAGCAGCCGACAACGGCCGAGAUUCAAAUCACCUAACGUAGACUCGGAUCAGCACGCACGACCGCGUGUUGAUCACAUCACCAAUCCCGCCCAUCCACCUACGAAUUUAAUCGUUGAAACGAGACGAGCGAGGUCGCCGAAUUGAAUGGAAUAAAUUAGCAGGGAAUGGCGUCGAUGUCGCUCGACUCCGUCCAGUAGUUGUUAAUGAUAUAUUGUGCUCGCUGUCAUCGUAUUGUUAAGCCUAAGACGGUAUUAACAACAUUAAACGAGGAACGAUAGGAAACUAAAAAAAAAAAAAAAAGUCUCACACCGAAGUAUUCGCACACGUACACGCACACGCACGUGUCUUAUCGAGAGGUUAUAUUGUAGAGUUCUAACGAAAAACAAUUCGUGUUAGAGAUUUUGCGAUUGUUUCAGUUUCAACGAUAUAUAUUUCUCAGGAUACAUAAUGAAGUAAUUAAAUAAUUCGAGUAAGAGUGUAGGUGAUUUUCGAGGGAAAUGUUCCGUGCCGCGUUUAUAUUGGCAUUAUGAUGAUUUUAUAUGAGAGUUGAUAUACUUUGUUUUCGCAUUUCUAUUAUUCGUCAGAGUCAUUUAAAACACCAUCGCUGCCAUACUAUUGUCUGACUGAUGCCAUUAGUAAGUUAUAAGAAAUAAAUUUCCGACCUAAAAGACUGCUGGCCAAUCGGCCAGAUUGCGUAUAAUUCAUCGGGAACAGCGACGAACAAAACAAACGGAUAAAACUGUCGCGAUAGACGCUAGAAAUAUUAAUAUCAAUCUAGAAACAAUGCGAUAUAUUCGUGAUCGAGUCAAUCGCGAAUUUUAAAAGACAGUCGAGUGAAAAUCUAGAAAACCGCGAUCAUAAACGGUCGCAAGUUAGCUAUAAUUAUACGAACAAUCUCGAUUAUUACAAGUACUAACAAAUGGGAACAUCUACAAUCUAGAGAGCAACGAGAGUGGCUAAAUUUUUCUUUUUCGAUCUGAUAUCGCCGAUGAUUCAGGGAGAAAGAAAUUCAGCGAUGCUAAUUAAUUAAUAGAUUGUCGAUGGAUUCGUAACAAUAGAAGUUAGAUGUUAGAGGUAAAUGCAAAUUCUUUUUUCAUUAUAAUAUCGAGCUUCGAUCUGGAGGGAAAAGCCAAACGAAAGCAAUUUGGAAGAAAUUUGCCGUGAGUGAACGAGCAACGCACUUCCAAAAUAGUGCAAAAAAAUCUUUUUAUACCAUUAACGAUCAAUCGAUUAACGAAAUGCGCCGUACGUAAUGUAUUUAAUACACGCACGUUAAUUCAUGGUAUUAUCGUAGCUUUAAUCGUUAUCAACAGUUACCGCACUUCGUAGGGUUCCGUAACUCACUUUAGAAAGACGCGAAAGAGAGUAUAUGAGAGAAAGAGAGAAAAAGCGAAAAAAAGAGACAGAGUGAAUGAAAGAAAGAACGCGCGCAUGGAAGAGAAGAAGAAGGAAGAGAGAUGAGAAUAACAAAUAAACCGUAAACUUUUGCUAAUCGUAAGAAAUGUUCGCGCGAGUGCUAUUGAAACUUAUAGAAAAAAAAAGAGAAACAUAGAGCGAGAGAAAAGGGAAAAAAUCACUCGUUUCUGAUGAAAAUGUUACGCGAAGAGAGGAUAUAAGCACAGACGGGGAUGAAGUCGGGAAGAAUAAAAAUAGAUGGGAUAAAAAUAAAUCGACAUGGGAGUAAUGCAUAGAGGAGGAGAGAGAGUGAGGACAGAUACAGAGGUAUUCUAGUUUUCUGAUGCGAGUCGUGAUGGACCGAUAUCGACCCGUUUUUCUCGUCCUAAACUGUUAUACCUUGAGGUUUAUGCAUGAUACACACGUAUAUGUAUAUGAAUAUAUAAGCACACACAUACAUACACGUAUACACAGAUACAUGUACACACAAUAUGCGAAACAAUAAUUAUACGUGAGUACCGACGUGAGUAAAACGCGAACACGCGACUGAUUAUUCACACGUAUACAUAGACACGUAUUUGCAUUCUGCAUUUGACAUUAAAUGCGAGCAUCUAAGAAGAUACAUUUUUUUUCAAUAAUAUCUAAUGUAAUUUUGAGAUCGCACUGCGGACUAAAAACUUUGAUGAGCCGCAUUUAGCGUUAAAUGCGAGAUGUAAAUGCGAAGGCACGAACAUCAUUUUCACAGAUUCGUGGAACGGCACCAAACUAGCCGUCCACGGAUGGAAAGUAAAGCCAAGUGACUCCUUCGUGUCGCCCUGCGCUAAUUAAAGAGAUUCUACACGUUCGUUUCUCCGUAUCUCGCUCAUCAACGACCAAAGAAAAUGUGAGUUUACUACUGAAAUCGUCGUCAUUGCUUUUUAUCUGUUCUUUCUGUUAAGAAUAAAUGUCCGAUGUAUAAUAUAUUGUUGAACCAAUUGUUUGUCGCAGAAAAAUUACGAUUUUUCAUGUUGAUCGAUUAUUAAAAUUUUCGACUAACGUUUCGUUCUCUAGUCUUCCUAAAAAGAGAAUUAUAUCCACGAUUUUUUACUUCUGUCUUUUCGAAAAUCGCGAAAAAGGUCUUUAUAGUUUCUCGCGUUAUAUUAACGUUAAACUUCAUGUAUGUUGUUUACUUAUCGUCGCGUGUCCGAAUUCAAUCUGAGUUAAAAAAAAACAUUGCCAAGAGCGUAUCAGUCCGUCUGCCGUGAAUACAACAGUAAUAAUAACGAAUUAUAGUGAUAGUAAUUAUUAAUUGUAACUAGCGAUCUACUUCCACUUUCCACCGGAAAACAUGCGUCUCUGUACCAUAGUAUUUGUAUGAUAUUUAUAUUUUAUAUGUACAAAUUAGUCAUGUAAUUUCUUGUAAUAAAGAUCAAUUUACAACGUGCAUCCCGAAA